ACAGCGCUUCACAUCAUUCGGAUUCGGUGGCUCUUUGUGUACGGUACGUUCUGUUGGUACGUGGAAGAAAUAACAGGACUAACUGCUUAAAGUUUGCUAACUUAUCGAAAUUCAUAGCUUUCCACAAUGGCAGGGACGAAUGGAGGAAUAGCCAAAUGUGGCUUCAUUUUCCUGGAUACACUAGCGAUAGCACUAGUGGUCCUUCCAGCGCUGCUUUUCCGUCUGCCUGGCUUUGAUCUGCCCGUGUUUCAGCGAGGUUUCUUCUGCAGCGAUGAGACGAUAUCUUACCCUUACAAAGACUCCACGGUCCCAUCCACCGUUCUUUAUGCAGUGGGAAUCGGUCUCUAUCUUGUUAUUAUGGUCACAACUGAAAUUGUCAUCUUUGCCUACCGGAAGCGCCAGGACCUUGACUACCUAUCUCCAGACACCUACAACCGAUGCUGCGGUGGCGUCGUCAUCCCACCCCUCCUCUACCAGAUCGUCCGUUACACCGCAGUCUUCUUCUUCGGUCUCCUGGUUACCAUGACGACCUUUGACAUCACAAAGAAUGUAGUCGGUCGCCUGCGACCUCACUUCCUGGAUAUCUGCCAGCCAGACUUUGACAACCUGACGUGUUCUGAGGGAGCUCAUCAAAUGUACAUCACGGAUGAUGUGUGCAUGCCGGAGGAUCCAAAGAGGAUGCUAGAAGCAAGACGAUCCUUCCCAUCAGGCCAUGCAGCCAUUGCGGUAUACACCAUGCUCUUUGUAGUGCUGUACAUGCAGAGCCGCUGGAGCUGGCGUGACACCGUCUUCCUCCGCCCCCUCGUGCAGGUCAUCGCACUCUUCCUGGCCCUCUACACCUGCCUCAGUCGCAUCUCGGACUACAAGCAUCACUGGAGUGACGUGUUCGGAGGUGCGGUCAUGGGAGGCAGCAUCGCCGCGGCGAUGGUAUGGCAUUUGGUGUAUCAGAUCUCUUCCGGCAGGGCCGCUCCCCUCACAAUCACCCCGGGGCCGCGGGGGCCACGACCUCGUCUUUAUGGAAAUGAACCCUCGCACCCGUAAAAGCGACGGUCUGAUCUGAUCAAUGGCACAGAUCUGGAAUGCACCUUCACAUGAAUGUAAUCGGCCAUUUUGAUAAAAAUAUAGCAUCACGGCUAUAUCGUUAUGUCAAAUGUUCUUUUGUAGAGAUUGUAUGCACAUGCUUUGGUGACAAUUGCUCCACAGUAAAAUUCUUUCAUCCAUGAAAUUCGUAACUUUCACCCAACAUCCAAAAGUAAACCCUAACCCAAAUCCUAACCUUAAACCAGGGACAUGAUAGAGUAUCAUGUCCCUGCUUAAACCUCACUUUGGACCUACAUACAACCUACAUACAACCUACAUACAACUCUUCCCCUGAUGCUAUAUCUUUUGCAAAGUAAAGCUGGAACAAUUGUCACCAUAGCAAGCAACAGCACACUGUUGUAAUCAUAAUACAUAGAGUUGUGAUAGCUCAAUGUGAUUAUGACAUUUUUAUGAGGCUGGUAGUUAAGCAGGGAUAAAGCAUAACAUUUUUUUGUUCUCUAUUAGGUGGUUCGUAUUCACAUUUCACUAUGGUGCAACUACAUGAAAUAGUGAACUACAACCAAAGGAUAAUUGGUUAUGAUCAGUUAAUCAUCUGAAAAGAUAGUAAAAGAAAACUGCAAUCUUAAAGAGAUGCAAUUUAAAAAAAAAAUAAUGUUGCUCUUAGCUGCAUUAUUUGAAUAAUAAUGUACAUUAGUAAAUAUUGACAUGAGGUGCCUUUAUAUUUGAUAUAAAAUUCUUUUUGUUUUUUAAAAUUAACUUGAAUUGUAAAGAUCCACCUUACCAAUUGACCAAAUUGUCCUAGCUGUUGUUUGUUUAGUUUUAGAAUAAGCAUGAGUCUCAUUCACUAUAUGUAAAUACUCAUUUUGAUAUGUGAUAAAUGUCUUACAUAUUUUGUAUUGUAUGUGUAUGGUGUACAUUGUUGUUAGAUCUUAGCCAACCUUGCAUGUCAGAGAUAUUUGAAACAAAACUAUUUCUGCGAGAGGCGGCUGAGAAUGUUUCACCUGUAAACAUAAAACAUUUUGAAAUCCUCUUAUGUUUUAGGUAACGCUGUAGUUUUGAUUAGCAUACCUUUUCACACGACAUUUCAAAAAAUCUGCUCAAAAGUUUAUAAAAAAAAAUAUAAAAAAGUGCAAUAAGAUUUUGUUACUCGUUCUUACCUCACAAAUUAGUAUUUAAUAUGUUUAAUUUAUUAGAAUUUUAUAUUGCCGCAGGAGUAGUUUAAGAGAAAAAAUGCGUAGUAUUGCAAAUUCCUAUAGUUUCUUUUUAAUUAUUUGUUAUAUGUUUUUAGUGCUCAUGAUGCAAUACAUACAUAAUUCAUGUAUUUUUCUUGCUUGUAAAUGCAGGUAGCAGAUAUUUUUUUAAUUUUCACGAAAAUUCUGUUAAUACAGCUUUUCGUCAAGUAAUAUGAUUACUUUGACCUCUAAACAUGGUUGAACUUGAAUGAUACUCAUUUUCAAAGUUCAAGUCUUUUUACGACAGUUUCCGUUAAGGCAUAUGGCUCCAAGUCUAAGCACCCACAUCUCUUAGACAUACAUGCUUUACAUUGCAAAACAGUUUGGGGUCGAGGAAAAGUCUAAAUGUCAAAAUGUUUUGGCAGAACAUUAAAUGUCUGGUCACAACUGCAUCGUAAUUUCAUCUUCACCAACAGCCGCCUUUUUUUCUUGGCACGAAAUGAGAGUUUUAAACGUAGGGGCAUCAAUUUACGCUGGUUCUCUAAUGGCCAUAACAUAUUUUAUGAAAUGAGACAUUCAAGCCUCUUGUCGUGUCAGUUUUUAAGAGUAACAUUAAACAUUAAAGGAGACAGAUUAUCAUUAUAUGCCAAUUUUUUUCAGUCAUUUUUUGCAGUUUGUUGUAAAAAAAAGUCAAGCAGGACAUCAGAGUGUCCAAACGUAGACUGGGGCAAUCAAUAUCUGGAGCUAAGAUGGUGACAAUAAUUUGCAAUUUUGCUCCUGAGCAAUGAAUCUUGAUAUUUCUCACUCUUUUUUCUUCAAUUGAGAAUCAGUAACACUAUCUAAAACCACAUGGGGAGCAAAGCAUUUUUGGAUUGGCAAAUAAUUUUGUUCAGCUUGCCCCCUAUCACAUUGAACCCUCGUAAACAUCGAUGUAAGGUUGUAACAUUGCUUUUAACAGUCUACAGCAUAUUUUGAGGGGAAAAGUUCAUGGAUAAUUGCCAAAUCAGACUGUUUUUUGUUCGAGUGGGACAUAUCAAAUUCAACAUUGUCAGCAGAUUAUAUUCUGCUUCAUCAUGUGACGAUCCCCUCUGCCAAGAAAACAUGAACAAAUUAAGUUAAACCUUAGGACUUAGUUAUGUCAUGCAAGAGAGAUCAAAAUACACUCCUUUUGUGCAAAGCACCUUUAAUAGUCUUUGUGUCAUUAGGAGGAGGAGGAUUUAGCUGAGGUUGUCAUGGAGAUGUAGUAGGGAUGCGUCAAUCAAGACAGAUUUUCAUGAAUUGUUUCCUCUCGAUGGGAACAAUGUGCCAGAAAUGAUUUAUAGAUAUGGGAGGAGUAUUAGCAGUUGGAAAGCCUCAAGAUUUACCAGAUGUAGGAGGAAGUGCUGAAUUUGGUUUAAAUCGUUGAGGGAUUUAACUAUGUGCAAAAUAGUUAUAUGUGUAUACGUAUUCCUUCCCCUCCUACUCCAGACCUGUACAUCUGUCUUUCUCUCUCUCUCUCUCUGUCUCUAUGUCUCUUUCUCUCUUUCUAGCUUUCACUUCAUCUGUCAUACUCAGUCUUACUAUCUCCUCUCUAUCACUCUAUCAUCUAUCUUGCCAUCAUUUCCACUAAUUCUCUACCUCUCGUCAUAUUUCGAUUAAAUACUUCUAUUCUCUUUUAAAGUGCUUUAGAAAUUUAUUUCAAUCCAGUUUCAGCUCCUUUAUAAGUGUAUCUCAAGGAAUAGAUCAUUGCAUUUAGGUCGUAAGCUUCUAAUAGAGAUUGAUGUCUUGCCAAAGUACAUUAAUUGGCAUCGAACUUGUGUCCUAUGCAUCUCCAGUCAAGCAAGCAUUUAACCACUCACAUGUCAUAUCAAAUUUCAGUCGUUAUCCCAUAUUUCAGUCGCAGACGCGAUAUCAAUUUCAUUGUAAAAUGUAUUGUUUCUCAGAACUUAUAAUAAUUUGGACCAACCAUCUUCACAAAACAUACAUUGUAUACAGAGAUUCUUUUUUUUUAAUUGUGUUCCUUAGGUGCAGAAUGAAUGAAGUUGACCUGGACAAUUUGUUUUGGGUUUCUGACAAAUGUUUGCAUUCUAAGAGCACACGGCCUAAAGACAAAAAUAGUUUAAAACUUGAAAUCUGUUAUGUUGGCUUGUACUUAUUGUUUUCAUCUGAAGUAUAAAUUUGAUUUAAAUAUGUUGUCUUUCAGGUUAAAGGCUAUUUUGUUUGUUUAUUUUCAUAUAGCUUGCCAGAGUUGUAACGUGAAACCUCCAUCCCUGUUGUCACCCAUAGCUGCAGUUUGAUAUUAAUGUUUUCCCAAUGUUCUCUCCACAAUCACAUAAUGAUGUAUAUCUAACAUUAUAUUUUCCUAUUUACUUGCGAUCAUGUUGGCAUUUUUAACGUGUAUAUAGCGUCACCACCAGUGGAUCAAAAAUAAAUGACAUGAUAACCCAUGUAAUUAAAUGUUGA